GUUACAGCCUUCAUUUCAUGCCAACAUUUCAGUCCCCCCCACUCUUCCAUUUGGAACAAUGCGACCCAUCACUCUUCCGCUCACAAACAGCGGGUCGUUGAAGAGCAAAUGGAAAACUUCAUUCUGUACGAGGAGCUUGGGGCAGGCUGCAACUCAGUUGUCUAUAAAGGAAGAAGGAAGGGCAAUCUCAACUAUGUUGCCAUCAAAUGCACUGACAAGACCAAGAGACCUGAGAUUACUAACCAUGUACGCCUCACCCAGGAUCUGGAUCAUCCAAAUAUAGCAAACUUCUACGAGUGGUAUGAGACAAGUAACCACCUGUGGUUGGUGGUGGAGCUUUGUACAGGGGGUUCCCUGGAGUCUGUAAUUGCCCUUGAUGGAAGCCUGUCACAAGAUGGGGUACGAAGGUUUGGAUGGCACUUAGUCAAAGGACUGAAACAUAUCCAUGAGUUAGGAAUCAUUUUCUCUGACCUGACUCCUGCUAAGAUCCUACUUGAUGGCAGCGGCAUUCUGAAGUUUGGUAGCUUCUGUCUGUCUAAGGCAGAGGGAGAGACUCUGCAGGAUUUCCUUACCUUGUUCUCUGCAUCUGAGGAGAUAGAGGAAGGAGACAGCAAUCAGAACACGGACAACUUAAAGAAAAGAUUACAAGGUUCUACAGCUUACAGUGCUCCAGAGGUUUUGGAAGGAUCAGAAACUAAUAUGAAUUCUGAUCUCUGGUCUCUUGGUUGUAUAUUAUACUACAUGUACACCGGUAAACCCCCCUUCUGCUCUGACAACUACACUGAAUUGAGAGAGAUGAUCUUGAAUGAGGAACCACCACCUCCCAGGCAGACAGUGGUUUCUGCAGGUCCUCCCUGCCAGGAUUUCCAGAGUCUUCUGAAAGGGUUGCUCAACAAAAACCCUGAGAGGAGGAUGAACUGGCCACAGCUGCUUGCUCACCCUUUCUGGACACAAAUAAUAAAGGAGGAAGAGGAUGCAGAAGAAGGUGAAGAGAAGAAUGAAGAAAAUGAAGAGGAAGAAAGUGUCUGCAAGGAGGUUGUUUCUUGUAGUUUGAGGCCAUGUGACAGAAGGACUGACAGUCAAAAUUCUGUCAAACACACAUCCUCUGGAGCCCUGAGCCAAAGCCUGACCCUGAAUAGUGAAGUGUUAAGGGAGAGAAGAAGAGAAGGAGAACCUGAAGAUGAUCCUAAGUUAACUGGGAGUCAGCAGAUGUGCCGCACACUGCAGUCCAAUAAGUCAUUCACACUAGAUAAUGUUUCAGACCUGAAGCCAAAGAGUGGUUUGGAUGAGGACAGCACUGAGGCCAUUUUUUUGCUCAGCUCCCGUGCCAACUCAGUCAGAAACUGCAGUUCAUCUGACUGUCCAAAUCAGAACAUUGCACCUCAGGUUACUCUCACUACCAGUAACUGUACUGACACUACAUGCUGUGUGAAGGAUCUUCUCCACACUGAAUUUGAUCUCACUGUCACCCCAGUCAUUGACAACCCCAAGAUUUUGAAGAACACUCCUGUGCGAUAUGAUCCUAAAACCCUAUGUGUACCUGCAUAUUCGGGUGAGAAGCUACAGUCUCUGAGUGAUGAAGAGUGGACUGUCUUUCUAUCACAGCUUUGUUCAUCCAUUGAAGAACAGAGCCACUCCACUUCCACAGCCACUCGAUCCAAACUCAACCUCCUGUGCUACCUCUGCUGUGUGGUUGGACAUACAGUUAUCGCUAACAGGCUGAUUAACUCAAGACUGCUUCUAGUUUUGGUCCACCUGUUGAGACAAGCUCCUAACUGGGACAUACGGAGCAAGGUUCUCAGAGUGAUGGGACUACUAGCUCUGCACUGUCGUGACCUUGGAGUGGACAGUCCUGUUUCUGAGGCUGUGUCCACACUAACAGACCUCCUGAGGGAUAAUCUGAGGAACAGUAAAAUAAAACGGCUCCUGUUGCCACCACUCGCGGAGUUCCUCUACCUCAUCUCCUCUCAGGAGAAGAAGAGAGGCUCCCCAGAGGGACUGUGGUUCGUUCCCGCUGCCGCCUACACUGGCUUAAUGAGGAGCCUGCGGGAAGGGUUCUUGGCAGGGCUACAGUCUAUUAAACACACAGACAGUGGGUGCUCCCCCGUGGGCUCAUUAGUGAGCUGGCCCGCACAGCCUGGGGAAUGCUGGAACAGACCAUUCUACCGGUUCCCGGAGGGGUGCCAGAGGAUUCAUUAUGCCGUUGUUCAGCAUAGUCUCUUGGUGGAUGACACUGCAGUUCAUCAUAUGGCAGCAAAAGCAAUAGAGAACAUAUCAACAGUGCUGUCUGGUCCCUCCCAUCACCUGGUCACCACAGAGAUAGGCUCCGCCCUGUGGUACCUGUUCACUCACUCCACUGUGGAGGCUGUCAGAGUCACUGCUAUUUCUUCUCUUUCUAGGCUAACCCGGGUGGUCCCAGCAAUCUUCCUAUCAGUAAUUGACACCUGUGGUCCAGUAGCCAUCUUGGAGGGCCUAGUGGGUACAGGAGCCCGGGUCCAGCAGCACCUGCUCACUGCUGUGGCCGCUGCCUUGCUCACCUCAUGCACUCAAACACACCGUGUCACACAAAACAGGGAUUUGGUGCUGAAAGUGCUGCGUUGUCUGGAGAGUCCAUCUACGAUAACAAGAGCCAAAGCAAUACUACUGCUUCUUCUGCUCAUACAAGACAACACACACACACUGCUUUACUGCUGUCAAAACAGACUUGUGAUAUACCUGGAGAGAGACCUCCGCAAAGCCACUCCUCUCAGAGAGAAUCCCAGCCAAUCAGGAUACUUGUCUCAGUGUCUCGAUUUACUGAUUGCAUAUCUGAGCAGCACCGCACCAGUGAUUAUGGAGGAUGUCCUGUGUGCCCUCAGAGGUGUGAUUGGGAGAAGACACCCAACUACUCCUCAGAGUAAACAACUCAAACAAACUUUGCCUACUUUGUCCAUAGUGCUGGACCUUGUUUCAUCUCAGGUCUUUAGAUCUCACAUUGUAACAGGACAGUUUCUGGCUCAAAUUGGAUUGCUGUUGAACUUCAUUGCCUCAGUAGAGUCCAAUGAAACAAAUCUGGCUAGUGCUAUGGGUACAGCAAUAUGUGAAGAUUUAAUUAGAACAUCUCUGUCCAUUGUGGAAGUACUGAGCCAGCACCAUGCACUAAUCAGUCCACAUCAUAGUGAUGUCGUGGAUGCCAUCCUGCCUCCUCUGACAACAAUGGCUUUCAGCAAAAAUGUGGAGUGGUCUGUGUUUGUUUUGAGGGUGUUGUCUGAACUCAGUCUAAUCCUGCUGGUCCAAGAUGGUGUUGAUACUGAGUUAAAAGAGGAAAGGACAGAGGAAAAUAAAGAGAGAAGUGAGAAGGAAGGAAAGGCGGCAGAGGAAAGAGGGGAUGGACUCUCGUGUAUCACUGAAUCUCUCCUUUCAAGGUACGAGACUCUUCUACGAGCACCAGAGCCUAUACCCCUCCAUGCACUCAAACUGCUGGUAUCAAUGACUGAACACAACGGUCAGGCCUGCAGGUUGAUCAAACGUAGUAGGAUCCUACCAAUGGUCUUUCAGCUCAUUAUGGCCAAUAGAAGUAACGUUACCAAUGGGAUAGUCCAAAACGCAGUUGUUUUGCUCUGCAAUCUUAGUGAGGGCACAAUCCAGGAACAGCAACCACUGUAUCAACAAGGGCUUAUUGAGGUGGUGGUUUGUACCCUCUCAGAAGCUGCACUUGCUCAUCUAGAUAGAGAAGAGCAUGCUGGAAGGAAGGUCGGCCACGUUGUGCUACAAGCUCUGUUGGAACUGCUUCACAACGUCCUUAAGCAAACAUCAGUUGUUGUCCGCUCUGCCCUGCAGAGCCAGAGGCUAUCUUGUCCAGCAGCAGAGACAGAGGCAGCAGAGAAGCUGCUCCUAGCCAACAGACCCCUGAGCCAACUCAGCACACACCUCAUUCACAUGCUGUCUGCUGAGAACCAGGAAAUCUGGGAGGAGUCUAUUCACUGUCUGUCACUGCUGGUCCAGCUUUACUGUGGAGAGGGUCCUGACUGCCUGUCGCCUUCCUGCUUACGCAGCUUCUCGCAUGUGCUGCGCACUCGCAUGCACACUGAGACCCCCCGAACACAACGUACAGCACUUAAAAUUAUUAAACGACUAGUUCAGGCUACGGACAGGUCAGAUUGGAGUGAAUGUCCUGAGGGGGCGGAGCUAAUGAGUCUACUGCACGAUAUGACUACAUCCAACAGGUAUCACACUGAUGUCACUGGCCUGGCUGCUGAUAUCCUUCAAGAGAUCUCUGAAUCCUAAAAGCUUUCAGUCUUCAGCCAACUGAACACAGCUCAAGAUUUGAAACCUUUUAACUGAUUAAAGGAUAGAAGUUUGGUUUACUGUAUAAACAUUUCAACAGCUGUGAAAAGCUCGUAAAGACUUAGUGGCUUUGACCAUGUGCUGUCAGAGCAUUGAGCCAUGCCUCCACAUGACUGUCAUUUCAAAUUGGAUCAGUGGCGGUAAUAAAUAUUACUGCGUCACUAAAAUGUCUUGACGGGGCAAUCAAAACAUGCAUCCAAUGUUCAUCAGACUUCACAGGAUUACAGCAUGAGUGUUAAUUUAGACCGUCAUAGGCGUCACAACACUGACCUCUGAGUGUGUCAACACACCUCGUGUCAUCAGCAGUGACAGAAUAUUAGAUCACGCAUGCCAUCAUGAGUCAUGGAUUUCUACUUUCUAAAUGUAGCCAUUAAUUUCAUGUUGUUACAAACUCUUUUUUUGUUGGUAUUAUUGGUAUCACUAAAAAGGAAGUUGUUCUGUUUACUUGUAGCAGACUAAUGCUGUGAAAAAACAAUACCAAAGUGAUUCACUACAUGCACCGAGUUGUGCAUAUAUGACCCACCUCUGCUUUUAUGCAAGUUAGGUCAUGUCAUUCUAAUUAAAUCAUUUUCCUGUUCCAGUGUAUACCUGAAUUCUGCCUACUGUUACAUUCCCAAUUGUUUUAACUGUUUAAGCGGGAUAUCAUUACUUUGCAUAAUUAAAUAUACCAUUACUGAGGAGUGUUUGCAUUUAAAAUGAAAGAAUUAAAUUUAUGUUGUAAGAAGCUGGAUGAAGUUGGGUUAAAUAGGUGAGGUAGAGAUCAUUUUAGAAAGAUUAUGCUUAGUCAUGGAAUAUGUCCUUGAGCUACCUCAACUGUCCAAGUACCAACAUCCUGGAUAUCCACACAUGGACACCACCGGCAGGCUUUUAGUUCACAGCACAUUCAAUUUUCUGCAACUUCGACUCAUCACAUUAAAGCUGGACCCAACCUGCUGCUGUACACAGUUUAAGUAGAUUUCAACAGUCUCAGUGAACACACAGCAGGUGGUCUGCUGGCACAUCAGUUUCUCCUCACCUUCCCGUCAAUAAUUGCCUAAAACUGAUGCAGCAGGCUCCAGACCAGGGAUGUCAGACUUAUUUUACACGGUGGGCCACAUGCAGCCCACUUUGAUCUUAAGUGGGUGGGACCACUAAAACUCCCCUUCCUGUCAAUAUAAAGAAGUUGCACUACACAUUUAAUCCCUGAAAUAUGGUAAUAUAAGAAAAUGCAAUAGCACAUCUGUUUUUCUACAUGAAGCAUAACUGUUUGGGUUUAAAUUCACAGAGAAGGCCCCAUUUCAUUUAACUGUGGAACCUUUGUAAACAGCGAAAAAAAUUUACUGUAGAUCGCUUACUUACUUUAGUGUAGUAUGUAGGAGGUCUUUCAGCAGGAAAAAGUAAAACAUAUAAAAUAGAGUUAAGUCCAAGGUUUAUGCCUUUACACAAUUUCCAAAGCCAUCAAGUGGGCCAAAUGUGUGUCUGUCAGGGCAAUUCUUGGGCCCAGGCCUUAUGUUUGAGACCCCUGCUCCCUGAAAGGACUUCACGUGUUAUUAGUGUUUUGAUUUGAAAUGAGACUUAAAGCCAUACAGGUGAAAUGACAGUCCAUUUUAUUGUUUCAGAACACAGCAGGCUACAGCAACCAGCUCCUCUCACUACCCCACCCACUUACAGCAGACCAAUAGGAGCCCUCCUCCACCCCUGUCCUUUCAGACACUCCCACCCAGCUAGGUCAGCUACACCCCCUUUGGAACAGCAGAGACAUCAGUGUCUCCCUUUAAAGCAAGAAAAUAGCUUGAUAUUUGGACCAUGAUUUCCAAUUCAUGUUUUUAUACAAAAGCUACACAAUGUUACACUUGAUCAUCAGAAUACAAUUCAACUGAUUAACUUUAGUGUUUGGACACCAUUUAAAAUGUGAUCAGAUCCUUUACUUGGAUGGAGCAUUACCACUAAAAAAAGAAAAAAGUAAAAAUAAAAAUAACUCAACACUACCAGAGACUGAAAAUACAAGGGACUGCAAAAACAAGAGAUGAGUAUCAUAAUUCAGAAUAAUGGAAAAAGCAAGCUAGAUUCAGUUGUACCAUUACAGACUUAAGGAAAACGGAAUAAAAAAGUAAAAAUAAAGUAAAAAUGAAAAAAAAAA